AUGAGGUCAGUGUGGGCCUCCUCCCAACACCGCUGUCUGCUUCUGACGAUGCUCUUUCUUGAGGCUGUGGGCAAUGACCUACUAUUUGACCCUGACUGGGGCUUUGAGUCCUAUGAAAUCACCGUUCCCAAAAAGCUAAGCCCUAGGAAAGGGGAGCAGGGUGGAGACAGUUCUUUGUCGUACCUCUUACAGAUACAGGGCAAAAAACAUACCAUUCACCUGCGGCCCAAGAAGUUACUGUUGCCGAGACAUCUGCCUGUUAUCUCCUUCACUCAGGAGGACAGUCUAAUGGAGGAUUACCCACACAUACCAAACGAGUGCAAUUACGUGGGCUUCGUGGAAGGCUUUCAGGAAUCUGACGCUACCCUGAGUACAUGCAUGGGAGGUCUGCGAGGCAUCUUGAACAUAGACUUCAAUUACUACCAAAUCGAGCCCCUCAGGGCCUCUUCCACGUUUGAACAUGUUGUGUAUGUCCUAAAAAAGGACAAAUUUAGCAAUCAGACCUGUGGUGUGGUUGAUGAAGAAACAGAUGGGCAAACCACCCAGCAAGAGGCUAGGAUAAGUAGCUUUCAUAAAUCCUAUAAGCACCAAAAGUACUUGGAAUUGGUCAUGGUCUUUGAUUGGACUAGAUUUAUGUCUUUAGGCGGAAAUUUUACUAAAAUCGUUGAAGACGCUAUUCUUCUAACUGCAAUUAUGGACACGUACUUUCAGGACGUCAGGUUACGGAUCUGUCUAAAAGGACUUGAAGUCUGGUCCAGUCGUGACAGAAUGAACACUUUCUUUUUCACCUUAGCUGAAAUUUUAGGUCAGUUUGUACUAUACAAAAGACUGGUAUUACAUCAUGUCCUUCCCGCGGACUGGUCACAUUUAUAUCUUGGAAGAAGUUUUCCGGAUGCUGUCGCAUGGUCCUGGGGGCGAGCAUGUGAGGUAUACCAUGCCGGGUCCGCAAGUAGCUUCGUUGGUAAGAAUAUCCUUGGGCCUGCUACUUGGACUGCUCAUGAAGUGGGCCACUGUGUGGGAAUGCAGCACGACGGAGAGUAUUGCCAGUGCAGAGGUAGGACGAGCUGCAUCAUGGGUACAGGACGCACAGGGUUUAGUAAUUGUAGUUAUGAUCAGUAUUUCAUACACGCAUCCUAUAAAAUGUCAUAUUGUCUAUCUGACAUCCCAGGACGAGGUUAUGUGAUUAAGAGAUGUGGCAACAAGAUUGUCGAAGGUACAGAGGAAUGUGACUGUGGCUCCAAAGAAGACUGCCAAAAAGACCCGUGCUGUGGGCCGAACUGCAAAUGGAAGGAAGGCGUCAACUGUUCCACCGGGCUUUGUUGUCACAAAUGUAACUUUCUCCCAUCAGGGUAUGUGUGUAGGCCGGAAGAAAACGAAUGCGACCUUGCCGAGUACUGCAACGGGCUCUCAGGUUUAUGUCCGGAGGAUACUUACAAGCAAGAUGGAACUCCCUGUAAAUAUGGAGGAGUUUGUUUCAGUAAGAACUGCAGAUCCAGGUACAUGCAGUGCCAGGGUAUUUUUGGACCUGCUGCCAGGGAGGCUCCUUACCAAUGUUACGAUGUCGUUAAUAAGAUGGGUGAUCAGUAUGGUAACUGUGGCAUUAAUAUUAGUCAAUAUAAUAGGUGCACGAGGGACAAUGCAGUCUGUGGCAGGCUACAGUGUAUCAAUGUUAGAGUCAUCCCCAGUUUGCCAGAUCACAGUACUCUAUUGUCCACCUAUGUGAAGGCAGACAAUCUCAUGUGCUGGGGCACAGGCUAUCAUGGAGAACUAAUGGCCCAUGGGAUACCCGACGUAGGUGUGAUUAAUGAUGGCACUGCCUGUGGCCUUAAAAAGGUGUGCAUAAAGGGAAGGUGUGUUGACUCUGCCACCAUCAUGUUCGACUGUUUGCCCGGCAAGUGCAAUAGCCGAGGUGUUUGCAACAAUAAAAGGAACUGCCACUGCAAGUAUGGCUGGGAACCCCCGUUCUGUGAAGAGGUAGGACUCGGUGGGAGCAUUGACAGUGGACCCCCUGCGCCAAUGGCCGAGGAGAUGCCCUCAUCAUUUCAAGCUGUGUAUAUUAUGAUGAUGCGCAUUAUCUUAUUCGUCAUCUCCGUGAUCGUCGUGUAUUUUAGGCAGCUGAUUAAAAAAUGGUUUUAUGAUCACCAGAAGAAAGAAACAGUCAAAAAACCAAAGGAUGCCGAAAUGUCAGAAAUGUAA